ACCGCGCGGACUCCAUGACGUCAGGGCAGUCUGCCGCUAUCAGCAGGUCAGGAAAGAAAGAUGGCGGCGGAGGAGAGCAGGUUGAAGCAGCGGAAUCACAAAAACAGCAUCUUUAAAGAAGGUGGCCACGGGUUGAAAUCUGACACGUCCCCGAUGAGGCGCCAGGAGGAGGAGGAAGACGACCUGCUGGAGGAGGAAGUGGGCGUGGCCAGGCCUGUGCAGAUCGUGGUGGCGGACGAGGAGGAGCACUCGUUCUCGCUGCAGGAGGAGGCGCUGGAGCGGCUGCUGCUGCAGGAGGAGGUGCGGGACCUCCACGUGGUCGUCGUCUCCGUGGCCGGGGCUUUCCGGAAGGGCAAGUCGUUCCUGCUGGACUUCAUGCUGCGCUUCAUGUACAAACAGGCGUCUGGUUCGUGGGUCGGCAGCGAGGAGGAGCCUCUCACCGGCUUCAACUGGCGGGGCGGCUGCGAGCGUGAGACCACGGGCAUCCUGGCCUGGAGCGAGGUGUUCGUGGUGGAGAAACCAGACGGCCGCAAGGUUGCAGUUCUUCUAAUGGACACACAGGGGGCGUUUGACAGCCAGUCGACCAUCAAAGACUGUGCCACGCUGUUCGCCCUGAGCACCAUGACCAGCUCAGUCCAGGUGUACAACCUGUCCCAGAACGUCCAGGAGGACGACCUCCAGCACCUGCAGCUGUUCACGGAGUACGGGCGGCUGGCCAUGGAGGAGGUCUACGAGAAACCCUUUCAGACUCUGAUGUUCCUGAUCAGAGACUGGAGUUACCCCUACGAGCACCCGUACGGUCUGGAGGGAGGGCGGAGCUUCCUGGAGAAACGGCUGCAGGUGAAGCAGAACCAACACGAGGAGCUGCAGAACGUCAGGAAACACAUCCACUCCUGCUUCUCCAACAUCGGCUGCUUCCUGCUGCCUCACCCCGGCCUCAAGGUGGCCACCAACCCUCACUUCGACGGCCGGCUCCGAGAUAUCGAUGAGGAUUUUAAGAAGGAGCUGGUGAACCUCGUCCCGACGCUGCUCUCCCCAGAGAACCUGGUGGAAAAAGAGAUCGGCGGAGUCAAAAUCACCUGCAGAGACCUGCUGCACUACUUCAAGGCUUACAUGAAGAUCUACCAGGGAGAAGAGCUUCCUCACCCCAAGUCCAUGCUGCAGGCAACAGCUGAAGCCAACAACCUUGCAGCUGUAGCAGGAGCCAAAGACUUGUACAACAAAAGCAUGGAGCAGGUCUGCGGCGGCGACAAACCCUACAUUUCCCCGACGGAGCUGGAGCGGCGCCACGCGGAGCUGCGGCAGGCGUCGGUGAAGCAGUUCCGCUCCGUCAAGAAGAUGGGCGGCGAGGAUUUCUGCCGGCGCUACCAGGAGCAGCUGGAGGCGGAGCUCGACGAGGCCUACGCCAACUUCGGCAAGCACAACGACGGCAAGAACAUCUUCUACGCGGCGCGGACGCCCGCCACGCUGUUCGCGGUCAUGUUCGUCAUGUACGUGGUGUCGCUGGUCACGGGCUUCGUGGGCAUCAACUCCGUGGCCACGCUGUGUAACCUGGUGAUGGGCGUGGCUCUGACGGCGCUCUGCAUCUGGGCUUACGCCAAAUACUCCGGGGAGUUCCGCGAGGUCGGAGGAGUCAUCGACCAGGUGGCCGAAACCCUCUGGGAACAGGUGAGAGUGAAGGUUUUCUCUCCUCGAGUCGCAGGUGACGUAGAGUUUGUUUCGACGCUGAAACGCUCCGUUAAUCUGCUGAAGUGUUUUUAGAGAGAUUCAGUUUCC